AAUGGACCAGGCCGACUCCAACGUUCUAAUUGAGGAAAUUGAGACCAACGAUGUGCCGGACGAUGAGUUGGAGCAGUUCGAGGAGACGCAGCCCCUCAGGAUUGUGGACAUCAUAGACAUGGCUACAGGGGAGGCCGAAGAUAGUGACCAGAACUACGACUACGAGGAGGAAGGAGCGCUAAUCAAGCGCUAUGUGCAGGGAGUGCAGUGCCUAGAAUUCCCAGACUUCUGCACAAAGCUCGAGCCCAGCGACGAAGAUGAUGAAAAUAAUGGAGAGGAGGAAGCAGAGGAACAACCCACAGUGUCUGCGCAACGAAAACCGCCGGUGGGACAGCAGCAAGAAGGUACUCGCUCCGGCGGUGGCGGAAAUCUGGGGCGAAAGAGCCAGCUGAGCCCCGCUCUGCAAGGAUUGAUGGGCGAGGCGAACCUGAGCUUCGCGUACGGCCGGUAUGAGACAGCCGAACGAAUUUGCAUGGAGAUCAUCCGCCAGAACCCGCUGGCCAGUGAGCCGUUCUACACGUUGGCCGAGAUCUAUGAAAAUCGCGACGAGGUCAAGUUCCUGCACUUCUCCACUCUCGCGGCACACUUGAACCCUCAGGAUCGCGACAUGUGGAUAAGAGUCUCUGAUUUGCUGGUACAGCAGGGCAACAUGGCCCGUGCCCGUCUUAUUUAUACAAAGGCCAUCAAAGUGCUUCCAAAAGGUUACUUGUUAAGGCUCCGAAAAGCGCAGCUGCUGGAGAAAAUGGGCGAGACGAAUGCGGCCAUGUUCACGUACCUCAAGAUGCUGCCCCUGAUGCCGCCAGAGGAGUGGAGCACGUGCCUUAGCACGGCGAAGAAUGUGGCUCGUUUCUUUCACGUCCUCGAGAAGCAUGCGAUAGCUCUCGAGGCCAUGGAGGGGGCGUACAGUGUAUGCGGAGCCCGCUUCAGCCUGGAGGAUCUCAACAUGUAUCUCGAACUGUUGAUUAUCAACAAGCGAUACACCAAGGUGCUCAGUUGCCUCAGAGAGCGAACAAACUUUGAGCUGGAAGACGAUCAGGAGGAGAGCCUGGAGAUGAUUUACUUUUGCGUUAUACCCGACGACUACGCGCCCGAGCUGAGGGCCAAGUUAUGUGUGAGUCUGAUCCAUCUGCGGGCCCACCACCUCUUGGGCUACCUCAUCCAGAAUGUACAGGAGCACAUCACGCUGACUGUGGGCCGCGUGGAGCUGUACAUGGACAUCACGGAAGCCCUGAUGCAGGAGCACAAGUAUGCCGAGGCCAUAGCCCUUAUGAGUCCCAUCACCGAUGGCGAUACCUUCGACUGUCCCGCCUUCGUCUGGCUGCGGCAGGCGGAGUGUCUUCGCCAGCUAAAUCGCACCAAUGAGGCCAUCCAAUGCUACCAGAGAGUGGUCCAUCUAGCCCCCGUUUGCUACGAUGCCAAGUUCACGCUGUCCGCACUUCUGAAACAGCAGGGCCGGCAUGAGGAGGCCGUCGAGGCCUUGGAGCAGUCUGGCGAGGUCGAGGGCCAGCCCUUGAUUGCUCGCCUGCUCUACGAAAGAUGCGUAAUGUUGAAGCAAAUCGGGCGCAUCGAAGAGUUUCUGGACGUGGGAUAUGUUUUGCUCAGUAGACAUUCCAUCAAGCUGAAAAAUCGCGAAGAAAUGAUAGCGGCGGCCAACGGCGGAAGUACCUACAAUGCCGAGAGCUUAAAGGCCAUUAUGCAGAUGCGAAGUCUGGCAGCUGGGGCGACGGGAUCAACAGAGCCGGAGCUGCAGGAUCCCGGCAAGAGUGCCGCAUCAGAGGCCUCCGAUCUGACCAUCAAGGAUGAGUACGAUCUGUUUCUGGACCUGAUGCGCACGGCCCACACACAUGGCAUGAGCAGUGCCGCCGAGAAGCUCUGCUUCGCAAUGGUCACCACAAAGAGGUUCACGUAUUACCAUUACGAGAUUGAAAGGAUUAUGAUACUGGCCUGCUAUUUCAAUGACGACUGCGCCAUUGCGUUUUCGUAUCUGCGUGAACUCAUCGCAAAGCAGCCGAACCAGAUAAACCUGUGGAACCUGCUCUCCCUGCUCGUCCAGAAGGGGGAGGACAUGCGGUACUGCCGUUACAUACGGCGUCUCCUGCAUCGCCAGCCACUUGUCGACCAACAGAUGCGUCUCUUCCUGGGCCACUACCAUCUCAACUGCAGUUCAUUCAAGUACGCCCUCAACGUGUACGUGCCCAUGCUGCGCGAGAAUCCCGAUCCCCUGGUAGCGCUCUCCAUAGCCGUCGUCUUCAAUCAGUUGGCCCUGCAGAAGAAGGUGCUCCGGAAGUCGGCAGCCGUAGCUCAAGCGGUGGCCUUUGCCGAGCGCUAUAAAGAACUCCGGUCUGCUAGCGAUGAUUUCUCCAGGUGCGCUGCCCAGCAGGAAAUCUUCUACAAUAUCGGACGCAUCUACCAUCAGGCCAAUAUACUCCACCUCGCAGUCGAGUUCUACGAAAAGGCUUUGGCCGUGCAUCAUCCACUGAUUGCCGAGUAUGAGGAUACUCUGGGACUUCAGCACGAGACGGCCUUCAACUUGCAUCUCAUCUACCGCGCCAAUGGCAACCCCUGGAAGGCCCGUCAGUAUCUCAUGCGUUACUGUGUGGUGUGAUAUAUGUAUUUAAGAUGAUCAAUAGAAAAUAGGUGAAAAUA